UGGUCUGCUAUCGAUUUGGGUGGGCUUAUUUUUGCUAUUUGUAAAUAAAAACUAUAAUUAAGUAGUGAAUUAUAUAGAAAUGAGUUUCAAAAACCAAUGCAGAACAUGUUUGGGCAGGGAGAAGGAAAUGAGACAUGUACACGCCUUUGUAAAUAUAACCGGGGACGAAGUAAGACUGUCCGAUAUUUUAGAGAACUUUUACAACUAUAAGAUAUCAUCCGAAGACCCUUAUCCAGAAAAUAUCUGCAUCAACUGUGUUCACCAGCUAACAAUAACAUACUCAUUCAAAGCACUUAUUGAAGCCAGUGCUAAAACAUUAGCCGAUGCUUCACAACAGCUGGAAGCAACCAGCGACAAUGAUUGCGAAUAUAACUAUGAAUCUGACGAACUCAAACAGGACCUGAAAUCAAGAAGCUACAAAGAAAAGAAGAAGAAACACAAAAAAUUGCCUCCCCCACCACCUGUUGAGAAUGAAAUGAUCGUUGUUUUCUGUGUAGAAUGUAAAACUGAAUUUACGUCAAUUAAGGCCCUUACUGAACACUGCACCAGUAAUCACCCUGUAAAAUCAGAUGUUGGAAGGGACUGUGAAUACUGCAAUGAAAAGUUUGAAGACUUUCGGUCUUUAGCUCGACACAGAAAGCUGCAUUUAAAACCUUAUUUAUGUGAAAACUGCUGGGAAGGCUUCUAUGAUGUUAAUGAUCUAAACUGCCACUCUUGCCAGCCAAACGUUGACAACAAAGAUAAGAAUAGGUCUGAGAGAAUAUUACGUCAAUGUGAUCAAUGUGGGAAGUCGUAUCCUCCAGGAUACAUAAGAAUACACAUGCUUACGCAUAGCAACGAUCGUCCAUACAGCUGUAAAUACUGCCCAAAGAGGUUCAAAGUGCCUGGAGGCCUUCAUUCUCACAUACUUUGGAAUCACAAGAGAACAAGAAAUCAUAAAUGUGAAGUGUGUAAUGCAACAUUUAUAUCGUCUAGCUCACGAAGCUCUCAUAUACGUAAGAAUCACCUGAAAGAAAAGAAGUAUGGUUGUGACAGUUGUGGCAAACGGUUCUUCUCAAAAUCAGAAUUGCAACGUCACUCUUUAACACACACUGGGGUCAAAAACUUCCAUUGCCAUUUAUGUGAUAAGUCAUACCAGACACGUUAUGGUUUAAAUGUACACCUUAAAUCCCAUUCACAGAAUUUGUAA